UUUUGUUGUAAGAGGUUAUGAAUAUGGCGGCGGGUGAAGGAUAUCCAUUGAAGCUCUACUCGUACUACCUCAGCACUUGUGCUCAACGUGUUCGAAUAGCUCUUAACUUAAAAGGGCUAAGGUUUGAGUACAAAGCUGUUGAUCUUAUGAAGGGAGAGCAUUUGAGUCCUGACUUUCUAAAGCUCAAUCCCGUUGGCUUUGUACCUGCUCUCGUGGAUGGCGAUAUCGUCAUUGCCGACUCUUUUGCAAUAAUAAUGUAUUUAGAGGAGAAGUAUCCUCAACAUCCUCUAUUGCCGAGUGAUCUUUAUAAAAGAGCUAUCAAUUACCAGGCUGCAAAUAUUGUUUCUUCAAGCAUACAACCUCUUCAAAACCUAAUUGUUGAGAAUUAUAUUGAGGAAAAAUGUGGUGUAGAGGACAAACUUUCUUGGGUUCAUAUGAUCAUUGGAAAAGGUUUUUUAGCACUUGAGAAGUUACUAAAGGAUCAUGCUGGAAAAUUUGCCACUGGAGACGAAAUUUACCUGGCGGACUUGUUUUUGGCACCUCAACUCUACCGUGCCAUAGAGACAUUCAAUGUUGACAUGUCCAAGUUUCCACUUCUGUCAAGAUUGUAUGAGGAAUACAAGGAGGUACCAGCAUUUGAAGAUGCAGCACCAGAGAAGCAGCCUGAUGCUCCUUCUCAAACCUCUGCCUAAAAUUAACAAUACGCACUUCAUGGAUUUGUAGUGUUCGUUGUGUAUUUUGGAUCAUCUUGAACUAUUUUGGUGCUUUUCGUUAGUUUUUUCCAAGCUAUAAAAAGAGUUCUCGUGAAAUCAUCAAGUAAAAUUAUCAACAAUCGAACACCGUGAGUAUAAUAAAAGAAAGCUUCAUAAGAAUGCAUCCAAUUUGUUUUAUGGCC